AUGGACUCAGCAGAAGAGCGGCCCACGCUGCAGGAGACGCUAAACUUACUGCAUCAAGCAUCUAGAACAACAGCGAAGCAACGGACCGUCAAGGUCUCCAGCAUAGUCGAUGUCAUCUGCCGUUACGCCUCGGAAGAUGGCCUUGACCAGGAUGCUCUGCGCGACAUAGUGCAGCUCGCGUCGGUGAAGACCCUGUUAGACCAAACCACCAUCACGACGUUGAUCAAGAACUUGUACCCGUCUCAAAAGGUUCCAGGCGAUGUUGUUAUUACCAUCGUUGGUGCGCUUGGGCAGGGCAAGGGCAAGCCUUCGCCCGGUACACAAGACAGUCUUGUGAAAUGGCUUAUCGCAAUCCAUGAGGUCGUGGAGGAUUCGAGCGUCUUGUCCCGACUAUAUGGUGUGCUGUUUGGCAUGCUCGACAUGAUCAGUAUCAGACUAGAGCUGUCUCGCGGCCUCGGCAACGAGCCUGCGCUCCAAGGCCUCCUCCGUGUCUACAAGGAUUACUAUCCCGAUAUAAUACUCGGGAGCACUUCCACAAGCCGGAAGUCGUUCGCUCCGCGACCUGAUGCCGAAUGGCAAGCCAAGAUCGUUGCCAUUCAAGAGGCCAGUGCGGCGGAAGACGACUCGAGUGUAGACGGGCAGAACGGUUUCAAGGUGCUACGAAGAAGACUCAAGGGCAGCAAAGGAUCGGCGAUCCCGGACGUGCAUACCUACUAUGCGACUGAGAGCUCAGCAACCCUUGAGGGCAUCGAUAGUGUUGACGAUUUCGUGGAAAAGCUCGAUAGAAUAGAGCCACCAGGCCAGCUGAUAGCGCUCCUCGUGGACCCGUUGCUACAGAAGUACGUUGACCUCAAGCCAUCACCAAUCACAGCCGGUCGAUUAGGGAAUUGGCUUGCCACGUGCCUAGAAGAGCAGUUCGAGGAGUACCAGCAGGGCACUGGGAAUGGGCAGUACCUAUCUGAGAUUCUCGAUGGACUUCUGGGGUACGCUCAGUACAUGAAGUCACUGCAUCCUACAGUAUUGGCGUUCCUUCGCGCGUACCUACCGAUAUGGGACGGUCAGCAAGACCUUGACUCUUUAUUAACACUCGUCUCCUAUGUUCCGAUCGAAGUGUUCGAAGACGCCCAUACGACCUAUCUAUCUUCUGUCGAACGAGCCCUAGCAGCUCAUGGCCUUACUGCGUACACAAAGCUCGUCGACUUCUACACGGCUCUACUGCAGCACCAAAUAAUUCAAACAGCAUCUGGAGCUGCCGAACAAAGGGAAAUCAGACAGGAAGUACUGAGCGACCUAGUCGAACAUGUGGCAACCCUAUUCACUUCCGCUCUCGUCUCCAUCCCCCCAGGUUCCAGCACCACCCUCACAUCAUCGAUCCUCUCGUUCUACGAACUCCUCAGCACCUCCUCGAAACCACACAUCAUCCCCAUCCAUCUCCCGCCAAUGCAUCUCGUCUACCUACUCUCCCAGGACACUUCCCCAACAACACUUUCCCGCAUCUGCGGCAUCAUCGGCUCCUACAAGCUAGCUUUCGAUGCGCAUCCCAAGCCGGUCAAAACAUACUACCCCGCAGAAGUUACCGAUGCAUUCAAUUGGUGUCUGCGCGACAUGUACAAUUUGGUGUGGGUCUCUCGUGGCCUUCUCGUUCAAGAUCAGAAGAGCAAGGGGUUGUAUUGCGAUACGAUACUGAGGGGUACACUGAACGAGUAUCUACGGAGAGUUGAUCGUGGACACACUAUUGGGGCUGCGUUUACAUUGUCGUAUAAUGCGUGGUUGGCCUCGUUGUCUGCGGCGGCGUGGCGCGCAGUCGAGAAGAGGGAGGUUGGGAAAGCGGGUGAGCGGAAUGUUACUCGGUAUCACGACGGGCCUGUUACGGAGAAGAGUCUGGAGGUACUCAAGAGUAAGGGUGGCGUGGACGUGGAUUGGGAGGGUGCAAACGGGUAUAAGGUUAUGGUGCUGCAGUGGCUGACUGAGAGGGGCUUGGGGGGGAUUAGGGAUCUGAUGUUCGCUACCGUUAUCAAUUUGAAGGAACGAGCCCAAAUGGACGAACACAACGCAUCUCCAAAACCACGCAAACGCAAAGCGUCCAACCCCGAUCCCGCGCCGCCGCGUACGCACCACGUGAUCGAACACUAUGCGCCAUUGCCCUACAACAAAUCCUACGGUCUCAUGGGACGAUGCAGAAACUGUUUCAAAAAGGAGAAUCUCAUCCUAUGCAGCGACUGCAAUGCUAUGUUUUACUGCAGCUCCGAUCAUCAAGCCCUCGACAAGGCAGGCCACCAGAAACUCUGCGACAGAAUCCAAAAACUUCACGGCCUCAUCGCUGAUUCCGAAGUUGCGCUGAAACGGGGUUCGAGAGAUGCGGGUACGCCUAAAGACCCGUUUAGGACUGCGGGUGGCAGGUUUUGGGAGUAUGAAGCGACGAGGGAGUAUAUGUACCGGAGGAGGGAUCUGCUGUAUGAGCUUUAUAGUGUAAAUACUACAGCAGCGGUUCAGCAAGCGUUAGACGAAGUCUUUGCUCUUCUGCGGCUAGAUUCCAAGGAUCAUCUACACAUGCGUUGUCUAGUACCCUGGCUCCUCCUCCGCCUAAAACGCGACCAAGACUGUUACGACUUCUGCAAAUGGUGGGUUACCAAAGGGACCUCCGAAGAACACGACUGUACAUCUAAAGACCUACCUCUCGCUGGCGAAGACGCCUUCAAAUCGGCUGAAGUCUUCGAGCGACUCAGAGAACCCGGAUCCACGGCUCCUGCAUCCGAGUCGUUCACGUUCCUCCUCGCCAUUUUACUAGUCAAACUCCGCAUGGUCUACGAGAUGAAAUUCCAAAAACACGGUAAAACCUCCACCGAGGUGAAAGAUAGCAAAAGCACCAUCAUCCUAUCCUCCAUCGACAGCCGCGAGAAAGAAGAAUGGAUACCGCUUAUUCAAGAGGUGGAAAACCAGGUCAGAAGGCUAUAUCGUGCUGUUGCGGGAGCGAACGAAUACUUUUGGCCUGCGUUCCUCAAUAGAGCUGAUGAUGGCCUGGGAGACACACCGCCGGAGGUAGCUGGUGUGGGCGAUGAAGCGGAGAUGAAGAUCAAGUUGAGGGAGUGUAUGAAUGCUUGGUUGGAGAGUCUGGGGGCUGAGGGAUUGGUUUCGGAUAUGGAAAUGGGUAUGGAUCAUGAGCCUUGGUGGUGCUCUAAUAGGGAGUAG